AUGGCGUCAGUUUAUAUUCCGGUGCAGAAUUCCGAGGAGGAAGUUAGGGUUGCUCUCGAUCAGCUUCCCAGGGACGCUUCUGAUAUCCUUGAUAUUCUCAAGGCUGAGCAAGCUCCUCUCGAUCUCUGGCUCAUUAUCGCGAGAGAGUACUUCAAGCAAGGGAAGCUAGAACAGUUUCGACAGAUUUUGGAGGAAGGUUCGAGUCCUGAGAUUGAUGAGUAUUAUGCGGAUGUUCGAUACGAGAGGAUUGCUAUCUUGAAUGCGUUGGGAGCCUAUUACAGCUACCUUGGAAAGAUUGAGACCAAGCAGAGAGAAAAGGAGGAGCAUUUCAUAUUAGCGACACAGUUCUACAACAAAGCAUCGAGAAUCGACAUUCAUGAGCCUUCUACAUGGGUUGGGAAAGGUCAACUUUUACUGGCUAAGGGUGAAGUAGACCAGGCGUUCAAUGCGUUCAAGAUUGUAUUAGAUGGAGACCGUGAUAAUGUCCCUUCCCUUUUGGGUCAGGCAUGCGUUGAGUUUAAUCGUGGGCAAUUUUCUGAUUCAUUGGAGCUGUACAAGAGAGCCCUACAAGUGAAUCCUGAUUGUCCUGCGGCUGUGAGACUUGGCAUCGGUCUCUGUCGUUACAAAAUGGGUCAAUUUGAAAAAGCUUGGCAGGCAUUUCAUCGGGUUUUAGAGUUAGAUCCCGAAAAUGUUGAGGCUCUUGUUGCUCUUGCAAUUUUGGAUUUGCAUACCAAUGCAGCUGCUGGGAUAAGGAAAGGAAUGGAAAAAAUGCAGAGAGCUUUUGAGCUAUAUCCUUAUUGUGCAAUGGCCUUAAAUUAUCUGGCAAACCAUUUUUUCUACACUGGUCAGCACUUUUUAGUUGAGCAACUUACUGAGACCGCACUUGCUGUCACCAACCAUGGACCAACAAAGUCGCAUUCCUACUACAAUUUAGCACGAUCUUACCAUAGCAAGGGGGACUAUGAUAAGGCAGGAGUGUACUACAUGGCAUCCGUCAAGGAAAUCAGUAAACCCCAAGAAUUCAUAUUUCCUUACUAUGUUAACCUUGCAAGACUACUUGAGCAAUUACAUAACACUGAAACGGCAGCCAUAUUUUACCGUUUGAUUUUGUUCAAGUAUCCAGACUAUGUAGAUGCUUAUCUGAGGCUCGCUGCCCUUGCAAAAGCUCGAAAUAAUUUACAACUAAGCAUUGAACUGGUUAAUGAUGCACUGAAGGUGAAUAACAAGUCCCCAAAUGCAUUAUUAAUGCUUGGUGACUUGGAAUUAAAAAAUGAUGACUGGGUUAAGGCAAAAGAGACCUUUCGGGCUGCUAGUGAAGCAACUGAGGGAAAGGAUUCUUAUGCCACUCUUUCUCUGGGAAACUGGAAUUAUUUUGCGGCAAUUCGCAAUGAGAAAAGAAAUCCCAAGUUGGAAGCUACACAUCUCGAAAAAUCGAAAGAACUCUACACUAAAGUCCUGGCUCAACAUUCUGCUAAUUUAUAUGCUGCCAAUGGUGCUGGAGUGGUCUUUGCAGAGAAGGGUCACUUUGAUGUUUCUAAAGACAUUUUUACACAAGUUCAAGAAGCUGCCAGUGGGAACAUUUUUGUUCAGAUGCCUGAUGUAUGGAUAAAUUUGGCACAUGUUUAUUUUGCUCAAGGCAAUUUUCCCCUGGCUGUGAAAAUGUAUCAAAAUUGCUUGAGGAAGUUCUUUAACAACACGGACUCCCAGAUCCUACUGUAUAUUGCUCGUACACAGUAUGAAGCGGAGCAGUGGCAAGACUGCAAGAAAACUUUAAUGAGAGCCAUUCAUUUGGCACCUUCAAACUACACAUUGAGGUUUGAUGCAGGUGUUGUAAUGCAGAAGUUCUCAGCUUCAACCUUACAAAAGUCAAAGAAAUCUGUGGAUGAGGUCCGGUCAACAGUUGCCGAGCUCGAAAAUGCUGUUCGUUUAUUUAAACAACUGUCUGCUGCUUCCAGCCUUCACUUUCAUGGGUUUGAUGAGAAAAAGAUUGACACUCAUGUUGAGUAUUGCAGCCACUUGCUUGAGGCUGCAAGAGUUCAUUUAACAGCAGCUGAGCAUGAAGAGCAGAAGAUUCGACAGAAACAAGAACUUGCUCGUCAGAUGGCAAUUGCUGAGGAAGCCCGUCGUAAGGCUGAAGAACAGAGGAAGUUCCAGUUGGAGAGGAGAAUGCAAGAGGACGAACUAAAGCGAGUGAAACAACAGGAGGAGCAUUUUGAGCGCAUAAAGGAGCAAUGGAAAAGUAGUACAUCUGGUUCCAAGAGAAGGCCUUCAGAUAUAAUUGAUGAUGAGGGUGGGCAUAGUGAAAAGAGAAGGAGAAAAGGUGGAAAGAAGAGAAGGAAGGACAAGCACUCAAGGUCUCGUUAUGAGACGGAGGAAGCAGAAGCUGAGCAGAUGGACUAUCAGGAAGCACCAGAAAAUGAAGAUGCUGACACACACUACAGGGAAUCUGGUCAUAUGAAUGAGCAGGAUGACGAAGAGAAUGCUCAAAAUCCUCUUGAAGCAGUUGGCCUAGAAGAUUCUGAUGUUGAGGAUGAGGCUGCACCAGCUGGUCGACGGAGGCGAGCAUGGUCAGAAUCUGAUGAUGAUGAGGAGCAACAAGAGAGGCAGCCGGAGUCCAGUCCUAGGAGAGAAAAUUCUGCAGAUGUUCAGAGUGACGGAGAAGGUGAUAAGCCAAAUGGGGAUCUUGAUGAUGAGGAGUAAUGUCCAUCAUCUUGAAGUGUACUAGAUAAGUAGUAAAUAUGUGCAAUUUUGAACAAAUUUUAUA